AUGUUCGGCACUGCUUGGCUGUCGCGGCUCCAGCUGCGCAGCGCGCCAAGCCUCAGGCUGCCGUUUAACCCGGGCAGGCUGCGCGUGCUGUUGCCGCGUAUGCGACUCGCCCGCUUGAUAGCGUCCGUGCUCAACCGCGAAUGGCUUCUGACGAUAAUUGGCGCCCUCACGUUGGCGCUAUGGCUGUAUUACGAGCUGUGUUACGUCGCGCUUGUAUGUCCUUACUACACGGGGUCCGAGCUGCCUUCUCUCCUAGACAAGUUCCGUACUAUUGGCAAGACGUACCGUCCAACGUUUUACAUGUUCGCGCCCUACUGUCAGUGGAUGUAUUUGUCGUGUUUCUGCAAGAUCACUCGCCGUUAUCGCAUUCUGCUCGACACGGCUGCCGAGGCUAGUUCGCUGUCCAUUUCCUUCUGCGCGAAGGUUGGCAGCGCGUUGCUGCGUGCCGUACUGCGUUGCUUCCUCUUCAGACGAAUAUACCGGGAUCAGGCAGAGGUGACCGUGCGCGAAUUCGUGGAAGCGCACAACGGCGCCGUCGUUGUGCUGGAUUACUACCUGCCACGCUGGGCCACCAACUUUUGCUCUAGCUGCGGGAAGUUCAAGCAGCAAAGCUGCUGGUGGGCGGGGUCUUCGCGAACCAAGGCGGCCACUGCAGGGUCCGCAUAUCCGCAGACCACGGACGAGGCGGAGUCGUCCCGACGUGUGGUGAAUACACAGCUCGAAGCGCCCAACUUGCAUGAGAUCCGGGCGCACGAAGGUGCGCAUCAAGACGACGUACGGAGAGCGGAAGUCGCUCGUGACGUGCCUCUUCAAGUUUCGAAGGACGUCUUGAAGUCGCCCAACCUGGACGGCAGCGCUCGGUCGUCUGACCGCGAUGAGCCUCUGGAUGACUUUUCGUUGUCUGGAAAGCCUGUGCCACCAUCCGAUGCAAGGAAUGCCGAGGAUGUUGUUGGCCCUCCUCGCAAACUGCUCCGCGGAGUUAUCGCAGUCAUUGGGGACGUCAGCAUGUCGUACAGCGUCUGCAACCAGGCGCUGAACUGUAACUGCGGGCAGCCCGUGACUUCGGAGGAAGAAACGGAGCAAUUUGCGUGCACAGGAUGUGAAACAUCCGGCCUCGAGGACAGCAAGGGGCUGAACUUAGACCCCCCCGGCCUCCCCGUUGUGCGCUGCCUUAUCAGUGACGCGCUGGAAAUCGGUUUCGCUUGCGUUCAGAUCCAUCUAAACGUGAAUCUCGGCAUGGCCAGCGAGGCGUUCCCAACGUGGACGGGUCUGCGUUGCUUCCCAGUGUCGCUGUACAGCGACGCGCUUCUCGAUCUGAACAGUGGCCUGAAGCGCAUAAGCGAACGUUACCCCAGCCUCCCACUGUGCUGUGUCGGCGUGGGCUUCGGGUCAAACAUCUUGAUGGAGUACAUGUCCCUAGGGUCAGCGGGCAAGGCUGUUCCGGUUGUGUUUGACCCGUCGCAAGAUCCACAGAAGCUGCUGAUAAAUAUGGCCGACCGGAGGUACACGAUGAUGAGGCGCGGGCAAUCGACGGACCAGUACGACAGCAACGAAUCACGGAGCGACAGUGACACCGAGUCCCGCGUAUCCAGGAAGUCUAUUGAGCGUCGUAUGGCGCAACCAGUGGCCAAAGCGCCCGUGGAAGUCGAUCAGGACGCACCCGAACAAGACUCGGGUGUCAGCUCGUCGGCAAGGCUGCCGCAUACUGCGGACUCUCUUGCUUCAGACCCCCGCCGCAUGUCGGAACCUGUGAAAGCGGUUGCAGGGCAUGUAUUCAGCCCGCCUGCACAUUCGAUGACACAAGACAUGCAGCAGAUCCUACAGAAUCCAGACGACCCCAACUACGAGUCGUUUGCGUACCUCAGCCAGGUGAUUGGGAAGAUCAACGCGAGCAACAGCGCCACGCCCAGACCCGUUCCGUCUGCCGCCUCUGCGAACAGCGCGGUAGUGACCCCCAGGGAGGGUCAUUUCGGUUUCGACGAAGAGGCUGAGGAAUGCACGUACGAGACCAGUGUGGCCUACCCCCCCGCGCAGGAAAGAGAGGUGGUGUUUGACACGAAACGCAUUUCCGCUGCGGUGUGCGUGAACCUGAACCUCCGCACGAGUGGCAAUGCGCUGUACAAGUCCACGAGGCAGCGGCAGAUACACAACCAGAGCAUGUAUAUCCGCCACUGUUUCGCCGCCUUCAAGCACCACCUCAUCGCGCUGGUGAGGGAGGUGCACUGCCACCGGGCGAACGGGUCGCUUCAGAAGGAGUGUUACCUGUACCGUUGUUGCCACUAUACACGUGCAGUGGCGCGACAGCCAUGGUCCCGUCGCGUCUUGCUAGGGCUGCGGCAGCCCAUCGAGGGCUUCCACACUGUCGCCAGGCACUACAGGAUCGAGCACCUUCUGCUGGCCGCCCACCGCGAGUAUCGUAUGUCGUACCGCCACAUGAGGCGUCGUGAGUCAGGUGAGUACGUGAACUACCGUGCGGGUAUUUUCAAACGCUUCGGCGCGCGUGCCGCCAUGGAUUUUAAGCUGUGCGCGCUAAUGACCCUCCGUUACGUCUACAGCCACACGGGCCACGACAACCGAGGUCGCGUGGAGACGUUAUCGGGCAAUCCGACGUACAAGCUGGUGAACAAGCGCAUUGACACUAACCUGCGCAUCGGCCGGGCGCACUUUUACGGCGGCAUCAACAAGCUGAUAAACCAGGGCAGCCGCCGCCCGCAGGACCCCAAGGUGCACAAGUACAUAGCGGAGCUGAUAAACCGCGAGUACACUCGGAAUGUUGCGAACAUCCGUCGCUACUUCACAGCGAUUACCCUGCCGACUCUGCUCAUAUCCUCGCUGGACAACUCGAUGUUCUCGUGGGAGGACGUGGACAUUUUCGACGUGUUAAAGAACCCGAACCUCGUGUACUACAUAUGCAAGAGCGGCGGCUACGCGACUUUCCUUUCGGGCUUCUUCCCCAACACGUGGCUGAGUCGCCCCGUCCUCGAGUUCCUCGACGAGAUGUCGAGCCGCCGAGUGCUGAUAUGA